AUGUCGUUCAGCCACUGCAGGUUCUACGAGGAGAAAUACCCAGAAAUCGACAGCUAUGUUAUGGUCAACGUUCGCCAGAUCGCCGACAUGGGCGCGUACGUGAAGCUCCUCGAGUACGAUGAUAUCGACGGCAUGAUCCUGCUCUCGGAGCUGUCGAGACGGCGAAUUCGCAGUAUCCAGAAGCUCAUUAGAGUGGGCCGGAACGAGUGCGUGGUGGUGCUAAGAGUGGACAAGGAGAAGGGUUACAUCGAUCUGUCGAAGCGCCGGGUGUCGCCGGAAGACGUGAAGAAGUGCGAGGAGCGGUACAACAAGAGCAAGAUGGUGCACUCGAUCAUGCGGCAUGUGGCCGAGAAGACGCAGACGGCCAUCGAGGCUCUGUACGAGACGAUCGGCUGGCCACUGAACAAGCAGUACGGUCACUCGCUAGACGCAUUCAAGCUUUCCAUCACGAACCCCGAUGUGUGGAACGACAUCACCUUCCCGAGUGAGGCCGUGGCCGAGGAGCUCAAGUCGUACAUUGGUAAGCGGUUAACACCACAGCCGACAAAAGUGCGUGCCGAUGUGGAGGUCACCUGCUUCUCGUAUGCGGGCAUCGAGGCCAUCAAGACGGCGCUAGCGACGGCCGAGGCCGAGAACACGGACGACAACAAGGUCAAGGUGCGGCUAGUAUCGCCGCCGCUGUACGUCCUGACGAACACGUGUCUGGAGAAGAACACGGGCAUCAGCCGGUUGCAAAAGGCAAUCGAGGACGUGCGGGCGAACAUUGAGGCUGCCGGCGGCAAGCUCGUGGUCAAGAUGGAGCCCAAGGCGGUCACGGAGAGCGACGACGCGGAGCUGCAGGCCCUCAUGGAGAAGCGCGAGCGGGAGAACGCCGAGGUCAGCGGCGACGACAGUGCGAGCGACAGCGGCGACGACCUGCCCGAGAUUGCAUGA